AUGGGGUUUUUUGACAGCAUCACAAACGCGUUCAACAAGAUUGCGGAAGUCGCAGCGUCAUCAGUACAGCAAAUUUCAGACACUGCUGAGCAUAUACGACGCAAGCUUGAGGAAGAGACUCGAAAGGCUGCCGAAUCGGCAGCCCAAAGAGUUCUGAAAGAGAUCAGUGGCACAGCAGAGACCAUGUGUCGUGAGCUGGAAGAACUGAUCCCCAGCUUCGACGACAAGCUUCAAGAAGUCAAGGCUGAAAUCACAGAACUUGCUUCCUCUGCCGCAGAUGAUGGUGUUGAUAUCACCGAGGCAGUCAAUGCGGCCAUCGAGAUUGCAGUUCAAAAGGUCGAGGCUGCUAAGACAGCGGCUAUCAGGGCAGUCAAUGAGUUUAUUCUACAGGCUCAGCAGAAGUUGUUCAGCCUUCUGCGGGCAACAUUUCUCACAACGAACCUAGCCAAUAUAGGCGCAAAGCUGCUGGAUAAUGGUAUAUCCUUCAUCUUGCAACAGAUCAAAGGCUUGGUUCAGACACUGGUCAAGAAGGUAGGAGAGGUGCUUGGACCUAUCUGGGGCUUUAUGAAACGAAUAUGGAAGCUAUUAUUCGGGGAACCACCUGAGCAGUGUGAGCUUGCCAUGCAGUGGAUAGAGGAGAGAAUGUAUCGUACACAAAGGCAAAUGAUUUACAAACGAUCGGCUGCCCCCAUCAGCGCUGUGAUCAGACAGAACAAGUUCUUCGAACUCCUGCCCCCAGACGAGGACUCGUGGAAGACAACUUUGCUAGACUACUUGGCAAGACGUAGCAGUCCACCAGGAUGGCGGGAGUGCUGUGACCGUAUCAAACCCGUUGUAGGAUCGGCCAAUCCAAAACCUGGCUCCAUGAUUCAAUUAACAUGGGACGACCAAUUUACGGACGAAUUAAAAGGUCAACAGCGAACCCAGAUCAGUGUUAUAUACUUUAGGUGGAAGACAGAGGAGUUUCGUAAGGUUUCUUCAGGCUUCAUUGGUAUCCUUGCUAUGGUCAGUGCAGUGGAUGGGUUUGCGCGGCCAGAUGAGCCUCCGCCAUUUAUCAAAACUCAGCACGAAGAGCCUCUUCAUAUUGACGCGGUCGCGAUGAAGAAGAUAUAUAACGAGAUUAAACCGCACUUAAGACUUUUGUCGGCGAACACAGAGCAAGACUCUAGCAGGUUCACUGGGCCUAAGAAAGUUGUAUCACGGCAGCUCAUGUUCAGGGAUGACGACGGAGUGUGGAGAACUUCAAAUAUCAAUUGA